CGUUGCUGUAAAUUACGCAUUCUUCUUACAGGGUAUAUUUUCUUACUUAAAGUCCCGACUGUUGAAGGGUGGAAGUGCUCUCGGGCAACAGAAAGGGACGUUAUAGAUUUGUCCUCUCUCUGUUAGUCUGUUGUCGACACAAGCUGACGAUGAGCUCUGAGAAGCUUCUUCACGUAAGCGAAGUUGCCGGCCGGGCCCGCCGAGACCGAUCCGGCGCGGCCCGACCGGUGACGGUGGCCGUGGCGGCCGGAGCGGGGGUGCUGGUGGUGGCGGCCCUCGUCUUCCUCGCUCACGAAGUUAAGCAUGUCCGUGAGAAGUCCUCGCAAGAAGUGUCUGACUGCUCCCAAGAAGUGUCUCAACUGAAAGACCAGAUCCUGGCGCUGAAGGAUCGUACCUUGGCCAUGGAGAUCAAGCAAAGCGCCGCUACUGGAGACAAGGAGGAAGCGUUCUCGCACAAGGAGGAAAUAACGGCCCUGAAAAUCCAACUGUCGUCCCUGAAGACUCAACUAGACAGCGAACGUGCGGAGUUACAGAAGGAGAAAGCUGACGGGGCGGCUUUGAGGGAGAGACUGGCUGUGCUGGAAACCAAGGUCCAACUCGGGCAUGCUGAGGAACACAACUUUCGAGAGGGCGAGAAGUCGAACCAAGCUGACAGUGUCCCUGAACACAACGCCACCUUGCGGAGGUACAGGCGAUCCGACAACUCGGUCACGACACCUGCCGGUCCCUUCCGUGGUCCCGAAGGACCGGCCGGACGAGACGGGCGGGACGGCCGUGAUGGUGUUCCGGGGCCUCCCGGGCCUCCGUGCGGAUGUGGGGGGUGUGGGGAGCCGUCUUGCGAACAGGGACCUCCUGGACCAAAGGGCUCGCCUGGACCACAGGGGCCGCCUGGACCAAAAGGCUCGUCUGGACCACCCCCUCCGCCUGGAGAACAGGGCCCGCCUGGAGAACAGGGCCCGCCUGGAGAACAAGGCUCCCCUGGACUAGAUGGCCCGCCUGGAGAACAGGGCUCGCCUGGAGCACAGGGCUCGCCUGGAGCACAGGGCUCGCCUGGAGAACAGGGCUCGCCUGGACCACAGGGCCCGCCUGGAGAACAAGGCUCCCCUGGACUAGAUGGCCCGCCUGGAGCACAGGGCUCGCCUGGAGCACAGGGCUCGCCUGGACUAGAUGGCCCACCUGGAGCACAGGGCCCGCCUGGACCACCUGGAGCAAACGGAUCAAGCACAGACUACGUCAACUACCAUGACGUACUGGCACAGAGCAUCUGCACAGCGGCCUCCAACCAAGCAUCAGACAUCUUCGCCAUCCGUCGGGACUGCAGACCUAAUUACGGGGACGGUCUGACGUGCAACGACAUGUGCACAUCUCGCAAAGCGGCCAUGAUAGCAGCUGUCGGCAGCCGGAGGAGCACCACAGAGUGCUUUGAUGCCAUACACGUGUACGGGAAUCGGCCUGUCCUUUCAUCCGACCACAACACUGACGCUGGAAAAGUUGGCCCUGCAGCAUUUCGCUAUCUCAGCGGUGGCUGUGCCUUUACGGCAAACAUCUGCGGACCAAACUACUGUUGCUGUCGCAUUCGCUAGCUCUAGCAUCUUCCCAAGAUUAGAGAUUGUCAAGUGAAUAUAUAUCAAACAGUACGUCUAACCACUAUCUUUCAAAUCCAGAUCUAUUAAAUUCUUAGGUUAUGUUCUUUUGUUUCCGAAAAUAAUACAAUAGGGUGAAUAGGCACUUUCAGGCAUGUUUCCUUUGCUGUAUUUUACUAUCCAUAAAUUAACAAACUUUUUAUGACUUGAGCCUGGAAGAAAUUUUCUAUGUAUUACUCAAGUUAUUUUGAAAUUGCUUCUACGACUUCGUGACUUUGUCAGUUCGACGUGCUGUACAAUAAACAAGAGAGAAAUUUGUAUGUCAAUAUUUUCUCUUCAAAGUUUGCAUUGUGUAAAUUGGUGUGCUGCACAAUAAACUCUUAAACACUUGAAAGGUCA